AUGCUCCACCGAUCACCUCUCCCUCAAAACAAGAGCAGAGAUCCUCAGCGGAAGGUCACUCCGCCCGGCCCCUCAUACAUGUCGAACGAUCAAAUCGCGAGCUAUCUAAGAGAUUUGCGAACCAACCGACCGACACGACCCGGCGGCUCACGACCUCUGCCUGGUAGAACAGACUCGCCCUCCAAACCUCGUGACGAUCUUCCACCCCGAGCAACAUCUGCAAUGUCAAUGUAUGGGCAUGGUGGAGCAACUUCGGUCGCACCAGCACCCGAAGUCGACCGUCCUCGUGCUACUAGUUCUCUCUCAAAUCACCGUCCAGUCUCCUUUCGGAGCUCUUUCGGAAGCUCUUAUGGAAGCUCAGCCGGACGGCCUGUAGUCCAAGAGCCGAAAUAUGUUCCCAUCAGAAAGACUGUAUCUCCAACCCGAGCCUUCUCUCGAAUCCCUUCGAGCUCCCAAGCCUACCGUGAGAGCCCUCAGCGCCGCAUAGAAAAACAGGAGGCGGCGUCACUGCGCGACGCAUUGCAGGAGAUGGAUAUUCAAGACGAGAUUCGAAUUCAUACCGAUGCGCAAGAUGAAGCUACAGAACUUGUUUGGAUGCAUCAGAACCCUGGGGUACCCUUCAAGAACCCUUAUGCGCCUUACCGCAAUCCUGAUAUGGAGAAGCUGCAGAAGACUCUUGGAGAACAGAACGGGUCACCAGAAGGACGCAGUGAAUCACGAAGCUCAUGGCGAAAUAGUCACCGCCUGUCAUUCAGAGGUCAAUCCGCGAAGGAUGGACCGGUGGCGGAGCAUACUAGCGUAGGAGAUGAAAGCCCUGCUCUUAGAAGAAGUGGAAUACCGAAGAAAAACCUCAAGGUCAAUUUUUCGCUGCCGCGGGAAUCGGAACAAGCGGAAGGUGAUUACGGUUUGGGCCUCGGGACUGUGAACAGUGACCAGUAUAAAGGCAUCUUCAGGAAUCCCAAGGACCAAAUCUACGAAGAGCCCCGCAAUGUCGAUAAGAAUGGUGAUGAUGAACGCUCUAUGUUCUCAAGGUCAGAUUCAUCAGCACUUCGAUCGAAGCCGCGCAAUGCGAUACCUCAAGGAUCCCGACCUUUGCCGAGUCGGUUCGGCAGCAUUCCAUUCGUCGACAAACUGUCUCGCUUUGAAAUCCAUAAAAACCCGCCUACGCAAUCAAGGAACCCUGAAUAUAAGACAAAUGCACUACCCUCGCCUCUUGUGCCUGAGUCACCGCAAGACAAAGGCGAACCAGUUCGGACCAAGGAUGGGCUUGAAAUCAGGAGCGACGACAUUAGAGCAGCGACGAGCAAGAAGAGGUCGGAUCGCAGCUCAAAGCUACCAAUGCCCACAGCUGUCAGUGAUCGUACUGGGCGACCCAUAGUGAGCUUUGAUCCAACUUGGAAACCUACAGAGGCCCAGAGACCUACAGUCAAGGAGCUGCCAGAGAUUCAAGUGAUCCAAUCCGCCCCUGGACCACCCGCCAUUGAAGUUUCGGAGCCACCUUCUGUACCAGUUAUCAACCUCCCGGACGAGAAGGAGCCUACUAUAGCGGAAAUGGUGCCCUCACCUCAAAAAACUAAACCAGCUUCGAAACCGCCGGCGAACGUGAAGGAACGCCGAAGGUCCAGCUCAGGAUUUAGGAGGUUCAUGCCAUCACAAGAUCGCUGGAUGUCUACCUACUCCCGAGCUGGUGUGCCAACUGCAACAUGCGAAUCCUGCUCGCUCCCGAUUGCCGGCAAAGUUGUUACAGCCGCCGGAACACGCUUCCAUACUGAGUGCUUUACCUGCCACCACUGUCAAACUCCGCUCGAAUGUGUUGCCUUCUAUCAGGAGCCUGAAGUAAAGCGAAAUGAGCGAUUGGCAGAUCCUUCAUCAAGUGAAGAGGAUCAUGCACCAAGGUUCUACUGUCACCUUGACUUUCACGAGUUAUUUAGUCCGAGAUGCAAAAGCUGCAAGACGCCUAUCGAAGGAGAAGUGGUUGUCGCAUGCGGAGCUGAAUGGCAUGUCGGCCACUUCUUCUGCGCCGAAUGUGGUGAUCCUUUCAACUCUGACACUCCGUUUGUGGAGAAAGACGGCUUUGCAUGGUGUCUAAAUUGCCACUCGCGCCGAACUGCUCCUUCGUGCUCCGGCUGCAAGAAGCUUGUUCUCGAUGACGUUGUCAUUAGUGCAGUUGGCGGCAAAUGGCACGAUAGCUGUUUCGUCUGUCAUGAAUGCGGCGAUGGAUUCGGCCCUGAGGGCCGUUACUUUGUCCGCGAGGGUGAGCCCAGGCGGACUGCAAGGGGUCGCAUUAUCGGAGGACCGGUUCAACUUGCUGUGUGUGAAAGAUGCGAAGGCAUUAGACUGAAGUCCUCCCCUCGCACCUAA